CGGAAUCUGCACUUUUGAACAGCCCAAAGGGCCAAUCGGUAGACCAACAGUAUCAUCAACAACAACAGCAUCAACAACCAGCGUAUAAUCUCGAAGACCCGGAGUUAACGAAAAUUGUCAUCAACCAGUUGUCUAUAUUGAUUACCACGGCUACUGGAGAAACACUUGAUUCUCAUUAUUCACAGAUCCGCUUUAUUCUCGAUAAACAGGCUCACAAUCCGAUUGUCCUCAACAACUACUACGAGAAACUCGUCAAUUUCAUCCGUCUCCAAUCCCCUGACAGCCUCCAGCUUCUCCCUGUAGAAAGACUCUUUCAGAAGGAAUUAGAUCACGUAGCCAGAGACCUCAACUAUCUUGAACUUUUAUUCCUACACUUAACUAAGCUCUUUCACGCAGACUUUGACAUCAUUGCCUUUGUCACUAAGUUCGAAGUCGAUCUAAUUUUAUCCUUCAUAAUCCUUAUCAAUUUUCAAUCUCUAAACUUUGAUUCGGCCAAGAAGUUCAUCCAGGACAACGCGUUUAAGCUUCUCACUUUCAUUAAGUCAAGAGAGUUUCCACCCAACUAUAAGUGGACCAUCGUUCUUGACUACAUCUUAAACACCCCUUUCUUCCCUUUAACUCAUAAGCUCUUGACUCUCAGCUCACUCAAGGCUUUCAAAUCUACCAUUGAACCCAUCAACCGUUUCUACCAGUCCAUUCUAGACAUGUCCUUCAAAGAAUUGUUAUCAGAAAUCGGUCCGGAAAACAUAUUGCCCGAUAAGUUGUUACCGGCUUUACUCCAAAUUAAACCUAAUGAGGUAGACCAAAGUGUAGCCUUGCUCUUGUCGGAGAUCUUGAUCCCAGGAUCUCAGGGCUUGCCUUCUAGCUUGACGUUUGUGAAUAACCUACCUGAAGCCAACGCUAAAGGUGCUCAAUUACAAGCCUGCUUCCGUUCUAUAGAAGGAACAAAUAAUUUCGCCAUAAAUUGGUACGAAGUUUUCUCGCAUGUGCAUCAGAACUUGUUUGAUUCGCAGCAGAGGAAUAUCCAGCCUACUGUCACUAGCAUUACGCAGAUCUUGUCGUCAUUGGACUUCAAAGAAGGUCUAAUUGAUAUCUUCUUGAACUACGAGUGGUGGUUCAACAAGACAUUAUUGUAUUUGUUGCAGACCAUGGAUCCCCAGCAAGGUGCUUAUGAUAUCACUUUACUGAAGAACGUAUCAUUUUGCUUCGAAGACGAUAAAAACUCGCAGUCUACUCCACAACAAGCAUCUGCUAGGAGAAACAUCUUGAAGUUUGUCAGUAUUGGUAAGCUAGAGCUUCUGGUGUUGACCAAGAUUCAACAACAACAACUGCAACAGCUUAGUGAACCAGAGCGAAAGUUGAAUCUUUAUUUGAACCAUCUCUUUGAACACGACUACAGAAGCUUUCCAGAAUACUUAAUUGCUGCUGCUCUCACUUUGCCAGAGAAAACGCAAUUCCUCAACGACCUUGUUGAUACUUUAUUCACUUUGUUGAACGAUAGCGAUAGCCCAGCCUUGGAAAAGGUAAUCUUGAAGUUCAAGGAAUUGAGUCCUAAUUUGGCUGCUUCAAAGUUGGUAAACUACUACAACUCCAAGAAGACUAUUGAUUCGAUCGGAAAGAUACUAGAUGUCGCCUCUUCUGUGGGAUUGCUUGACACUGUGGUGAAUGAAGCAUGGAACGCAGAUGCCAAAAUUGGUAUGAAAUUCUUGAUUGAAUCGACUCUCCAUGACUUCGACUACAAAUCGUUCUUCGAUGCCAAACUCGGAGAACCAAAUCGAAAAGCAACAGUCUACCAAGCUUUGCUCGAGUCUUUAGAAGAAAGAGCGCAGAGGGACUAUGACAAGGGCCAAGCCGCGAGCGGCUCUGCAGCUACUCCUGGUCAAACACCUGUAGACCCUACUAAGUUAUUGAAGAUUCCUUUUGUGUACAGUUUUUUGGAGAAGUUGAAGAGCAACGGUGGAUUAGUAGACUCAGAACAAUUGAAGAAUCUUCAGUUGCUCCUUUUAACAACGUAUCCCAGAUUGAUCAACUUUGGUAAUGGUCACGACGAGACGAUUUUGGCGAACGCUGAAAACUCAAAUUUCUUCCCUCCUGACGUAGAACAGGAAAUGAAAUCGUAUUAUUCCAAGAUGUACAAUAAGGAAACGGAAAUCAAGGAUAUUGUAGACAUGCUCGUGAGAAUGAAGGCCAGCGACGAUCCUCACCAGCAAGACGUCUUUGCUUGUAUGAUUCACUCUUUACUUGAUGAAUACAGAUUCUUCUCUGAGUAUCCUUUGUCAGCUUUGGCAUCAACCUCAUUACUUUUUGGUGCUCUUUUGGAGAAGGACUUGAUUCAGGGUACCACUUUGACGGUGGCUUUGAACUUCAUCUGGGAAUCUUGUAACCAACCGCAGGACUCCCAUUUAUUCAAGUUUGCAGUUCAAUCAUUGUACAACUUCAAGUCCAGAUUACAUGAGUAUCCUAUUUAUUGUAAGCACUUAUUGGAGUGCCGUUCGUUAUCUGCACAUGCUAAGAUGUACCAGAUUGUUAAGGAUGCCGCCAACGGUAUUCCAUGUGGCCAGACUGUUACGUCGACUCCCGAAGUUGGUCCAAGAUACCAGUCAAUAACUGUUUCUGACAAGACUAUUGGCUUUGUCAAACAAGAAGAACCACCAGAAACAAUCUCGGACAAGUUGCUUUUCUUUGUCAACAACAUGACAGAAGACAACUUAAAGGUUUCUGAAGUGAAGGACUUAUUAACUGAGAAUUACUUUGCCUGGUUUUCCAACUACUUAGUGGUGGACAGGGCCAAAGCUGAGCCGAACAACCAAGGUUUGUAUGCUACUUUGAUUGAAGAAAUUGACGAGCCUAUUCUCUUGGAGUAUGUUUUAAACGUCUCUCUUAAGGAAGUUGAACGUUUAAUUAGAAAUGCCAAGGAUGCCAGGAACGAACGAAACCAAUUGAAGAAUUUGGGGCAAUGGCUAGGUAAAAUUACUUUGGCUAACGACAAGCCUUUGAGAAGAGACCAGAUUGCCUUGAAAUUCUUGUUAGUUGAAGCUUAUGACUUCAAGUCGUUACCAUUGAUUAUUCCAUUUGUUUGUAAGAUUUUGGAUCAAGCUCAGUACUCAAAAGUUUUCAGACCACCCAAUCCAUGGGUCUUGGGUAUCAUCAAAGUUUUAGCAGAACUUUACAAGACUGCUGAUUUGACUCUCAACCUUAAAUUUGAAGUCGAAGUGUUACUUAAUUCUUUCAAGAUGAAGAUUAGUGACGUCGAGCCUUCUACCUUGAUUGAAGUACACAAUCCAAAUCCAGCCUCAUUGGCUGCAAUGUUCGGUAUUCAUCCGGAGACGGUGACAUUGGCCAAUGACAUUUCCAGGUUGAGCUUAGAAGGAGCACAUCCUUUGGAGCAAUUACAGCCCCGUCAAUUCCCGGCAGCUCUUACUCAACAGGUUGUGCAAGACUCACUUCCACCCCAGUCUGCUCUUCUUCCUCAGCUUCAACCUGCCUUCAAGGACCAACCUCCUCAACAACAACAAGCUCAGCAACAGGACACUGGAUUGGAUACUAGUUUCAGCAACUUGAUUGGAAACAGUAUUUAUACCCAACACGCUAAUUUGAGAAGAGCCUUCCAAGCUUCUUUAUCUAGAGCCGUCCGUGAAUGUGCUGUUCCAAUCUUGAGCAGAGUCUCUGAAGCUGUUUUGACAACAACCGAAUCCCUUAUCAAUAAGGAUUUCGCUACCGAGAGAGAUGCUUUCAAGUUUAGGAGAAGCUACCAGAACAUGGCACAACAGUUGUCCCAUAGUAUGGUGUUGUGCAGUGGGCGUAAGCUUUUGGCUGAGACUAUUGAAGCAACUAUGUUGCAGUUGUUAGGUAACAACGCUCUGGAAUUGCCUUUAGAGGAGUUGAAUGCAGCCAUCCAAGCCAAUGUCGGAUUGUGCGUAGAAAUAGUUGAUAAGAUUGCUUCUGAUAACAUCGCAGAAUUGAUCGAUGAGAGAAUGCAAAGAUUUGUUCAAGCCCGUGAACAGCACAAUGCUGCUGAGCCAUAUUUCGAUUCCACAGGGAAUGAGUAUUCAUUGCAAUUACCAGAACCUCUUGGUUUAAGCAAGGAAGGUCUUAGUGCCAACCAGCUUAGUAUAUACGAGACUUUUGGCAGUGGUAGCAGUACUGAAGUCACACCUCCACAGCCAGAAGUGUCUUUGUCGCAGCCAACUGCUGUUGUACAAGAAGACUCUAUUCCUGUUGACCAGCUCUUCACGGCAAUUACUCAAAGCUGUGAAAAGGCUAUCCAAUUGUUGUCGGACGUGACCGAAACCAAAUUGUCAGACUUGAGCCCAAGCCACCCGAUUAUGCAAUCUUUAACUCAAGCACUUGGUAUUGCGCAGGCAAAUGCCAUCAAGUACCCAGAAUUAUUGUUGAAGGCAGCGCAGUAUGCUGUGAACUGUCUUUUCACUCAAGUUCAUGAUAACCCAAUGUGUAAUGAGAUCUACGUCGUCUUUUUGGACAAGCUCUGUGAGUACUCUCCUUCCACGGCCAAGGAUGUCACUUGGUGGUUGGUUCACUCUUCUGACCAGAGAAAGUUCAAUAUGCCUGUUAUAUUCUCUUUGUUGAAGGUUCAAUUGGUUCUGCCUACUAAACUUGAUUCAUCUAUUGGUAGACUCAUCAACGAAUCCAACAAUCCCGUUGUGGUCAAAUUUGCUGCCACUUUGCUCUUGAAUGUCUACAGUUCGACUGAAUUAAGACCAAUAGCUUUGAGAUCUGAAUUCGGCUUUACCUUAGACGCCUUGAACAAAUACGCAGGAGAUGAUGCUACUGAAGAAGACAAACAGGCUAAGUUGGCUCGUGACAACUUAAUUGAGUUGUUGAACAGGCCAACUGCUCCUGUUUCAAACCAGCUCUACAGUCAGUUAGGCUAUGUAUUUGCUGAAUGGGUUAAGUUAUUGACUCAUGGUGAAAAGUCUCAGGACCUUGAAGAACAAUUUAUUAAAGGAAUGUUGGAUACUGAAAUUUUGACUGAUCCUACUUAUUUCCAGGUUUUCUUUAAGGCUGCCAUUGAGAUCUCAGUAGCUGCAUUUGCAGCUGAACAUGAGAUCAGAUCCAGAACACUUCGGGAAUCCUACUUGGCAGUCGAUACUCUUGCGAUGUUGAUUGUGAGAAUUGUAUCUCAAUUCGAUGAAAAUGAAGAAGCUAUUGAUUACUUGAAGAAGAUUAUUAGUGUUAUCCUCUUGGUCUUGGCAAACGACCACGAGACUGCUAAGGCCAAUUGGAAUGAAAGAGCAUACUUCAGGUUCUUCUCAUCUUUGUUAUCUUCCUGGACUGAUUUGACUAGUGUAGAAGGUAGCGAGUUAAGUGCAGAAUUGAAUCAAGAAUUCUACCUUUACAUUGGUGAAGUUUUCAAUGCUCUCCAGCCAAUAAUUUAUCCUGGUCUCACUUUUGCAUGGGUUUCGUUGAUUGCACAUCGUCUGUUCUUGCCCAAGUUGCUAGAAUUGCCUGAUGGAGCUGGCUAUCAAACCGCUGUCAAGUUAUUGUCGGAUUUGCUUAAGUUCCAAUGCGUUUAUGGAAAAGAUUCCAAUCAUGAUGUUGUUAAUGUCAUUUUCAAGGCACUCAACCGUAUCUUCACUGGUUUGCUUCAUGAUUAUCCGGACUUCUUGGUUGAAUGCCACUACCAAUUGGUCACUGCAAUCCCAAAGGGCUACACGCAAUUGAAGAACAUUGUUCUCUCUGCUACUCCUGCUAGUGUAUCGGUACCAGACCCUUUCACCAGAGGUCUCAAGGUUGAAAGAUUGCCAGAAAUCAACGAUUCUCCAGUUGUAGCUUAUAAGCCGGUAGACGAUUUGUCGAAGGUUGGCUUGAAAAAGCCGGUAGACAAUUUCCUCCGUAUUCCAGCGCCAGCUUUGAUGAGAACUAUUUAUGGAGGUAUUAAAUUAAACCAUCCUAAGGAAAUCAGCGAAUCAGAAGUGGUUCACUACAACGUCAAGUUGGUCAAUGCUUUAGUGUUGCAUGUUGGUAUAUCAGCUGUAGCCGACAGAUUGCCCAAUAAUGUCAGAGGUUUCAAUACGAAGUCGUCACAAGUAGCAUUGUUGGUUGAUUUGAUGAAUCAAGGCUCUCUGGAGUUCAAAUUCCAUUUGAUUAAUGCCAUUGCCAACCAAUUGCGGUACCCUAAUAGCCAUACUCAUUGGUUUAUUGGUAUUAUAUUGCAUUUCUUUUCAUCCAACUCCAUCUGGGGAACUGCUGCUGCCAAAGCUACUAUUCAAGAGUUGAUCACGAGAGUGUUGUUGGAGAGAAGAAUUGUGAACAAACCUCAUCCAUGGGGCUUGACUAUUGUCUUUACCGAAUUGGUGAAGAAUGGCGACUAUGGUUUCUUUGACUUGCCCUUUGUCCAAGACACCACGCCAGAAUUGAAGAAUAUCUUUGACUCUUUGUCGAAGAAUGUCAAGGGCUCGACUCCUACUUCUGAGAAUUGAGCUGUGUAUAUUAGUAUGUAGAAUAAUAGAAGUAAUG